AUGUUAGUGUACUAAUCUGUUACCGCUAAAAUGUUAUAGAUUAUUGAUCUGUACAAUGAUUUAAAGAUUGUGAAAUUGAAAUAACCGAUUUGGUUUUAUUAGUAAAAAAUGUGGGUGUUCGUGUGUUUUGCUGUUAUUUUCUUUGGAAUCCAGACAGGUGCAACUACAAUAAACUGUUUCAGUUCAGCAUCAGAUGUCUGCACUACAGAAAUUCCGGAAAUUCCAAAUUUAUCAUCAAGAGAUCCAACAUUUCCGAUGACUAACACAACAUCACAUUGGACAUUUUGUGAUGUUUACUCGAUUAACACGUCUAAGUGGUAUAAAAGUGACGCACGGAUGAGUGAAAGUUGUCCAAGCAUGUACAUGUGUGGAACAAAGUUCCCUAUCUGGUUGAAAGGUAAGAACCCGGAACCGACAGAAGGUGUGGUGAGUCGUACAUCCUGUCUUAGAGACUUUGACAGCUGUUGUUUGAACUCAUACGAGCUUACAGCUGUCAAUUGUGGAGAGUUCAUGGCCUAUUGUUUCAUUGAUCUACCAUCCAGUUGUCAUCAAAGAUAUUGUUUUGAUAAUAGACAAACAUCUACAACCGAGUCACAACAAACACAUGGACAGUCAACGAGCCUUACAAAUAUACAUGGAAGCACUACGGACAGUUUUACUGUUGGAACAGACACGUCACCAGAAAAAGAUACCAGUAAAACCAAACGGACGUAUAGCACUACAAGUACAACAGCAUCCGGAUAUUUGUCUAGAAAUGAUAUGUGUCAUGUAAAAAUGUAUAAAUUCUACCCAGGUAGCAGUUGCAUUGGCAGUGAUCGGUGUUUUGCUAUCAGUUAUCUGUGGGUUGUUGAUCGUUAUCGUACGAAGCAGAAG